UUUUCUUCCAGUUGCAAACGGAGACGGAGUCUUUCCUGGGAGCAGCGGCAAGAAAGAAAAGCGAUCGGGGUCUGGAUCGCCAUCCGACUCAGUGUCCAAGUGGUUCGAUUUAAACGAGAAACCGAAAUGUCUUAUUUAAAUACAGACUACAAACACACUCUGUGCUUAGAGAGCACGGUCACGGACUGGAGUACUCGCGCAGUGAGAGUCGCAGUGGCCUUGGCUUUCUGCGCUGACCACCCUGCGAUGUGGUUUCAUUGGAACUGGGGUGGCCGCCUCCCCCGACAGUGUGCGACUGAGAGGCUGUCGUUGAAAACCAAGCCCCUGGACCUGGUGAAACUUUCGGCGGAGGUUCAUGCACAGGAAAGGAUCUGGAUUGUCCAUCAGACCCUGCAUCACCUCCGCAGGAUCUACAGUUUGAACCUGAGCUCAGUCACGUGGGUCCAGAGCUCAGUGGAACACUUCAGGCAUCUCUUGGAUCGGCAGCUCAAAGAGCUGGAUGUCUGUGUCCGGAAACCAGGCUCAGAGUCCAAACCAAGGAAGAAUGCCGCAAUUCUUAAAUACUUUCAGAAAUUGAGAGAGUUUUUGAAACAGAAGGGAUUCAGCAACUGUGCCUGGGAGGUAACCCGCACUGAGACCACCAUGCAUUUAAAACAGCUCCUUCUCAUUAUGGCAAAAAUCAGCAGAGAUCACUGAAGAUUUUCCAGAGUCAAUUUUAUAAGGGACCAAGAUUUAUGACUAUUUAUUUAAAAUAAC